GGUGCUCCAGCCGUGAAUGUAUUUAGCGUUACGUUGCGGUUGAAAGCUCUGAUAAAAAUAUAUCCAUAAAAAACCUUAAAGCUAACGUUCAUUCGGGUAGCCAUGGAAACAGACUCUUCUCUUCUCAGUAGUGAACUGGACCAGCAAAGGCAAGACGAGCUUUAUCAACAACUCUUAAUUAAGACCAUGGGAAAAAUGCCGAGUGAUGGAAAUUCUUCUAAAUUCAUCCGCCCACAUCCUGGCAUGUGUGUGAAGACCUUCUCCCUAAGAGACAAGCAGAAAGUAUUUGUGAAUAUCUGUCAGUCACCAGAGGUACCACCACCUCCUGAGCUUUCACAUGAGAAAUUGGUGGAACUCUUGGACUCGGAUGACCCCACGGGAUACAAAGUCCCCAUGAGCCUGGGGGAGGCCCACACCGAAAUGGACAAUAGCUCAAACAGAUGCACAGUGUAUGAUGUGGUCAUCAAUGGAGCAUUCUUCCAGAAAUGUGAGAAGGAUGCAUUGUUCCAGCAGUUUAUCAUGGCCGUAUGCCUUGAAGGGCUUGAGAACAAAUACAGAUUGGAGUUAAGCAGAGAUAUAAAGAUUUUGAAGAACCGUAAGUUCAUGGGCUCUUUGACAGAGCAGAACAUUCGCACAAAGAGCAAACCAGUCAUUCAGGAGAUCGACUCAAAGGAUACACAGUUACAGCCCUCACAAGCCAAAACGCCACAGUACUGUUUGUUGGUGGAGCCGCCUUUUGGAGAUCCAGAGUAUUUGGUUGCUGAGAUCCAGCUUCCUGGUGUGUCAUCCGCAUGCUCCCUUGUCUUGGACCUUGGAGAAGACAGGCUGCUGCUAAAUGCUCGGCCCUCCCGCUUCCAUCUGGAUAUUUACUUCCCUUUCUUUGUUGAUCAGGAAAACAGUUCAGCCCAGUACAGCACCAAAACACAGGUUCUCACAGUGACCAUGCCCGUGAUGUCUUCAUAAAACAUUUGCAAUUAUAUUUAUUUCUAAUAAAAAAUGUACUUUCUACCAAGAGCAUGUGGUAUG